GCGCAGGCCUUUCGUUAGGGUCAUUUGCAGUCGACUGGCGGGAGAUUUGCAGUCACUUGCCGCCCUACCCGGUGCCAUGGCCGUCGAGACCCCCCUCCCGCUUCAAUUUCCACUUCAACUCUGUCGAAGACGACGACAACGACAACGACGCCGCCGCCGCCGCCGACAGUCUUGUCCCUUACUUUCCAGCACUACAACAGCACAGCUCGUCAUGGGUGUUAACGGCCUCUGGGAGCACAUCAAACCGGCCGCUCGAAACCAAGCGCUCACCCAGCUCGCUGUCGAGCAUGCCUGUGCUCGUGAGUCAGGGAUUGCCUAUCUUCGAAUAGGUGUUGAUGCCAGUAUAUGGAUCCAUGCAGCUCAAUCUAUCCACAUUGCCGGCCAUGCUUACCGGGGUCAAAACCCCGAGCUCAAUACGAUCUUUUCACGCCUUGCUCGACUUGGCCGCCUACCUGUUGCUGCAAUAUUUGUAUUCGAUGGGCCUGGACGCCCGCCCGUCAAGAGAGGGAAGAGGGUAUUUGCUCGGGAGCACUGGCUGAUUCAGACCUUCGAGAAGUUCAUCAAGGCUUUUGGUUUCCAGUCCCAUUGUGCCCCUGCGGAGGCUGAGGCGGAGCUUGCGGAAAUGAGUGCUAGCGGCUUAGUGGACGCUGUCCUUACUGAUGACAGUGACACGCUCGUAUUUGGUGCGAAGACUAUCAUUCGAAACCCGAAUGUCAAGAAAGACAAGGACAGAGUCAUCAUAUACACCCGGGAAGCGAUACAGGAGGAGGUGUGCUCGGGGUUGACGCGGGGUGGCUAUAUACUGUUUGCUGUGCUUAGUGGCGGCGAUUACGAUGAGGCUGGGCUGCCGGGGUUUGGACCCCACCUGGCUGCAGGUCUUGCGCGCUAUGGCUGCGGCGAGGCAUUGCUGGAAGCUGCGGCCUCGACCGCCGCUGACAUUUCGCCAUCAUUUUUGCAAUGGAGGACUCAACUUCGUCAUUACGUCCGUGAUGAUCCCGAGGGAUACAUAGGCCAUCGCAACCCGGCUCUCGCUUCUCGGAUUCCCGAUACUUUCCCCUCUCGCGCUGUCCUUGCCGCCUACGUCAACCCAGUCACGUCCUUUCUGAUGGGUACUGGGGUCCCACCUCCAUGCAACGCAUCCCUGCCGGAUGUUGCAAGCCUUGCUCGGCUCUGUGAGCACUACUUUACGUGGGGGAGUGGCAAUGAGAUUUUGCGGAGAUUCACAGACCACAUAUGGCCUGGCGUUGCGUUACGGAUGCUCUGCAUGACUGCAGAGCCUUCUGUUUCCCACCCAGCUUCCGGCUCUGGUGUCAUAGCGCCGGACACCAUUCUGGCAUCAAGAACGUCGAAGAGCACCAUGGUCCCUAUGUUCAAGCUACGAUUUCCCUCCAGUGCCCUUCACGACCUCACGCUGAAUUCCUUCCUCUGCCCACCCGCGUCUGUUGGCUCUAUGGUCACCCAGCAUGUCGGUCUCUGGAUCCCUGCUGAGGUGGUAUCAAGGUGUUGUCCGGUGAUUGCCCGGGACUAUGCUGCAUCAGGACGGAAGCGGACUAGGGCACAAGCUACUAGAAAGCGCAAACAUGGUGAAACCUCAACGGUAAAUGUCGGUGGCACUCACAACCAGCCAGGUUCGCGUGAGGUACACGCUCGCACUGGUUAUCCGAUACCAAAUGGUGCUCGCGGAACGGUGUCUGCACCCAUCUAUGUAUCCGAUUCUCAGUCGGACGACGUCAGCAUGUUUCCGACGUGGGUGAUCAACUACUGGUGCGAGGAGAACAGGAAAGCCAAGGUCCGUGCUGCUGCGAUUUCGGCCGCAAAUGUGGUCCAUUCAGGGCAGCGUGUUGUGGUCGGGGCUGAGCGUAUACGUCGGGCUCCUGAGCCCUUUCCUAUGCAUCUAUCAGAUAAUGAUACAGGCUCUCGUGAUGCUCAUGCCUGAGUCUUCCCAUGUGAUUGCACCUGUAUAUUAGUAUAUCUUGCAUGCCGUAUCAUAGUUCAAUCAAGCUGCUUAGUGUCUAGUCA